GCGAGUGACGCUCAUUGGCGAUUCGAUUCUGGACAACAAGGCCUACGUGAACCGCACGCAGCCCUCCGUUUCGCAGCUGCUACGCAAGAAGGCCGUCGACCUCAACCUCGACUGGACCUUGAUGGCGACGUGAUGGCCGGCGUGCCACGUCAGCUGCGGACGGUGCCCAACGACACGGACGUGCUGGUGCUCUCCAUUGGCGGCAACGACGGCCUGCGCUACCUGCGCAAGCUGCAGUCGAUCGGCAUGCACAACCCGCUCAACGUCGUCUCGCUCCUGAACGAGGCGUGGACCGAGUUCUCCCAGUCCUACGGCGACACCCUCGACAAGACCAUCGCGCUCGGGAAGAAGCAAAAGGUGUCCUGCGCUGGCCUCUACGUCAUCAACAAAAUCAUCAUUAGCGAAGCGGCCAAGCGCGGUCUGCCGGUGAUCGACCUGGCGACGGUGUUCGACCAGGAGCAGGACUACGCCAACCCGAUCGAGCCGGGCGUGCCGGGCGCCGACAAGCUCACCGCCAACGUCAUCAAGAUCGUGCGCGAGCACCGGUGGGACGAGGGCCAUCGGGUCUACGCCGAGCGGGCCUACACCAUCGCCGCCGGCUCGGUCGACGAGCUGCGCGACGACGAGUGGAGCCACGAGCCGCGCGCCCAUCAGCUCGGGCGGUGGUCCUGGGAGGUGGCCGAGCAGGAGGAGGCCGCGGUGGCCAAGGCGGCCGCGGAGGCCGACCGCAGCCCACUGGGCGACCUUCCCGACCUCCAAGACAACGACCGCUUCCGCACCGAACUUUAA